UAGACCUUCCCCCGCUUUUUCGCCUGCGUUCUGCCACCUCACUACAGAAAAAGGAAAUAGAAAAAAAAACAAGAAAAAAAAAGCAGCUGAUACUUUGCUCGCGCAGCUCUAGCAGCUAAGCUGUUCGGUCGGCUGAGUGCGCGCAGUAUUCCUCGCACCAUUGCCUCUCUUCUGUCUGCGUUGAUUCAACGUACAGGCCAACCGUGAGGGUGAAGUGCCUUGCAGAGCACUAUGCCACCGUCUGACGCGCGGAGUCUCCGGGAUUUGCGUAUGCUGCCGGUAGCAUCGGUUUUUCUGGCACUGUGUGUGCUAGCCGCUUCUGGACGCUGUCCUGUGCUACAAACUGCGGCCCAAGUGGACUGGUCAGCGCUCGCAGGCAAGCUCUGGCUCGAGAUCGCCACCAACCCACCCAUCCCGCAGUGCAACGUAAGGGCCUACUACCCGCGACGAAACACUAUGAUGUGGUAUCGACUCGAAGGAUACGGCGGAGUGCUAACGAAGAAGAGGCAGUACAACUUCUUCAUCGAUCAGGACGUGCAGUACCUGCAAAGAGACGGAAGGUUCUUUCAGCAGAUACUGGACACCGACAACGAGUCCUGGGCCCUCGUUCACGUGUGUUCCAAAAACGACGGCAAGUCCAAGAUCCUGUUCACCACCCUGGAACCGUGGACCAUGAUCCCCGUCGAAGUGCAGCAGCGGGUCGCCGCGGCGCUCCACACCGCGGGGCUGCCCAUGCUGCCGCUGGUGCAGUCCCAAUGCGUACCGCGCCGGGAGCUUAUCCCGAGUAUUGACUACGGGAAGUAAACGAGACGCUGCCGCACCGAGUGUCUCGCUCGCAUUUAUGCAUGCAGUAAUUAGGUGCAACGAAAUCGCUUUAUU